AUGAUAGUUUUUCGACAUACUUUGACUGUGAUGAAAUAAUCUUUAAUUUAUACAUUUUGUUUUUUGUGCUAAAAUGUUGGAUCUUUUUACAAUAUUUAGCAAAGGCGGCAUCGUCCUUUGGUGUUUCCAAAGCACCAGUCAAAUAAGUCAAUUGUUUGCACCUUCGGUUAAUUCAUUGAUCAAAACUGUUAUUCUACAGGUAAUCAAACUGUAUUUACUAUAUUAGUACAACAUAGGAUUGUGUUAUGACUUGUAAUUAUUUUUAUUGAAAAGUAUUAGGUACAUGCAUAUGUAAUAUUGGAAAACGUAUUUGAAUAUUUUGACAAUAGCCAUUAAAUAAAUUGUUAAAAAUCUCUAUUUUUAUCAAAAAUUUAAAUUCCACAACAAUAUUCAAUUUUUUAAACUAUCACUUUUGUCAUUAGGUAUAUCUUUUUAAGUUAAUAUUAUGUAUUCAAUCUUGUGGAUAAAUAAAGGGUCAUUUAACCAUAUAAACUAACUUGUUAUUACAUUAUGUAAAGUAUAUAGUUAUGCAAAUGUAGAAUUAUAAUACAUUGGAUUGUAAAAUUUAAUAUUUUAAUGAAAAUAAUAAAGAAUAUAUAUGAAUAAAAUAAAGUUUCUUUUUUUAAAUUCUUAAUUUAGUUUUAUUCAUUGGUAAUAUUUUCAAAGUACUUAUGCUUUAUAUGUAUUAUAUAUAUGUUAAAAUGAAUAUAUUAAUAUAUUUUAUGAUAAUUUUUGUAUGUUUAAGGAUUUAUUUUGUAGACUAGCAAUUAAUAUAAAUAAUUUAUUUCAGGAAAGAACAAGUAGUAACAACAACUAUGAACAAGACUCAUUAUCAUUGAAAUAUAGAUUGGACAAUGAGUUUGACAUAGUGUUUGUAAUAGCAUUUCAAAAAAUACUGCAACUGUCUUAUGUAGACAAAUUUUUAGACGACAUACAACUGGAGUUCAGAGAUAAAUAUAAAAAUGACCUAGCUCGGAAAAACUAUUUUAUAGUAUACUAAUAUUCAAAUCUUUUUAAUUUUAUAAUAAUUUAUAUUUAUAACAUUAUGUAUUUGAAUUUAGGAGUUUGAAUUCAGUAAAAAUUUCAAAGAAGUUCUUAAAUCUGCUGAAGAAUGGGGUAGGGUCCAGGCCUGUAUCCCAAAGCAGAUGCGUACAUUUAAUGAAUCUACAAAAUCAAAAAAAACUGUAGCAUCAAUGAUUGAACGUAAAGGUGAUAAUAAAGAAAAUAAAAAAAAUGGUAAGUUAAAAUUGUAGUUAUAUUCAGGAUCUUUUAAAUUUAAUGUUAUAAUCAAAUUUCCAUGAAUUACUAAUUUUUUCAAUAAAUAUUUUAUUUUAAAACUUUUUAGAAUCAUAUAUUCUAAAAUUGUAUAUUGUCCUUAUUUUUGAGGGUGAAUCAGCUACCUAUUUUUGAUUCUAAAGGGUAAUCUAUGUUAUAAAUUCUAUUAAUAAUAAACUGAGUAUUAGUUUAAAUACAUUUUGAUGUUGAAAUAUUUGAAUUCCAUUAAUCUGUGGAUGAGAUAUUCCACUUUUAAAAUUAGGUAGAGGGAAAAUAGUAGAGUAUCAUUAAAAUGCUGUGCUGUGCCGUCACACAAUUGACGCUCCAUUGUUUGUUUAUUCUGUACUGUAUAGUGUAUACUAGUCAUGGUAAGGAUAUUAGAUAAAUUGAUACCUCACAAACCGUUAAUUGUUGUAAUUUGAAACACAAACAUUAACUAUAAAAAGCUAUAUAAUAAAUAGAUCUUUGAAAAUGUAUCUAUUUAUUAACUAUUACUCAAAAAACUCAAAGAAGUAUAUCUUUCAGUUGUUAAAUUAGGCCUUCUGUCCUCUACCGCUAUUAGUUCAAUCUGAUGCCACAUAAAUCACAGAUGAUAUAGUGUUCACCCAUCUAAGUAGAUAACUGUGAUCUCGACAAUGGAGUUGAUAAAAAUUAGAAAUUACAACACCAAAAUUGAUUUAACUAAUACUUCAUUAAUUUUUGGAAUUUUUUACUUAGGUUGUUGUUUAAAAAUGGUUAAAAAUAGGUGGCUAUUUCUUUAUCCUCAAAAAUAAGAAUAACAAAACAUAACACUAUUGUAACAUUUAAGAGUUACUUAUUUCUUACAAUUUCUAAGAAAAAACAAAUGACGAAAAAAAAAUUAAUAUCCGAGAUAAUGAAUGUAUAAUGUUGUUGAUCAGUCUGUAUACUGUUAAAAUAGUAUUAGUUAAGUACUAAAUCUUAAAUCUGGAAUUGAUGAUUAAUAUGCCAUAUUUGAAUAAUAAAUAUUUAGUGAAAAUAGUUGAAACUCAAAAAAAUGACAAAGAAAUUAUUCAUAAUGGUAUUUCAUUUAACGAAGAAGAUUUAAUUACUCAAAAUCGACUAAAAAUGGCUCAAAAAAUGGGUGCUAUGAGUUCCAAUAAGUUAAAAAAAAAUAAAGAGUACGUUUUUGAAGUAUUUAAUUUUUGUAUACUUAUUAUUUAUUCAUACAAACAUAUUUUAGAAAAGUCCCAAAACCUUCUCCUAAGGCAACUAAGCAACCUCGAACGUGGCCAUUAGGCGGAGGGACGAAAGAUAUAAGUGCUUUAGAUUAUACAAAGGACAAACCAAAUAAUAAUGACAGCAAUAUAGAAAUUGAAACAAACAAUGAGGUGAUAUGUUUUAUUGAUAUUCAUUUAUUUAAUUUCAUUAAAAAUAACAGUUAAAACAAAUUUGAUCACAGGGAAACAUUUUUUUUUAAAAAUAAAUAUUAAAAAAUUAUAAUUUAUUAUUUUUAGAUUGUUGGAAAAAUGGUUGGUGUAAUUAAAGACAUAGAAAUUGAUAGUGAAAAUGACGAGGAGUCUGAUGAGAAAUUUGAAACAGCUGCUGAACGUAAAAUAAAAAAGGAAAGCCAAAAAAGUGUAUUUGCAAUGUUCAAGUAAAUUAUUGAUUUUUGAAUAUGUAUAUUUAAAUAUAUAUAUAUAUAUAGUAUAGUAUAAUAUAUAUACAGUAGAAGCCGUUUAUUAGGAACACUUUGGGACCAAGGUUAAACAUGUCAAUUAACUGAUUGUUUUUAAUAUACAACUGGUCCUUCCCUAUACAUUUUUUUUCGAUAAUGCGAUUGUAUCAAUUAUCUGUGUUCCUAAUAAGUAGCUUCUAUUGUAUUUAUUUUGCUUUUUUAGAGGCCUAGUCGGGAGAAAAAAUUUGACCGCUGCUGAAAUGGAUCCAGUAUUAGAAAAGCUUAAAGAACAUUUGGUAGCUAAAAAUGUAGCUAUUGAAAUAGCAACAAAGCUUUGUGAUUCUGUUUCCUCUAAACUUGAAGGAAAAGUAUAAAAAUAAAUAGUAUAAAUUUAAAGACAAAUUUUAGAUAUAUAUAUAUUUGUUUAUUUAGGUUCUUGGUUCCUUUGAAUCAGUUGCAUCAACUGUGAAAAAUACUAUGAUUGAAUCUUUAGUACACAUUUUGUCACCAAAACGUAGAAUUGAUAUUUUGCGUGAUGCAAUGAUGGCCAAGAAAAAUAAUAAACCUUAUGUAAUUGCUUUUUGUGGAGUGAAUGGCGUUGGAAAAUCCACCAAUCUUGCAAAAGCACGUAUUCAUUAAAUUUGAAAAUUAUAAAAAAAGACCUUUAAGUUUUGAAGUAGUGAUAAAUAUUUGUAUAUUAUUUUUCAUGUUUACAGAUCUGUUUUUGGUUGAUUGAAAAUAAUUUGAGAGUGCUAAUUGCAGCUUGUGAUACAUUCAGAGCAGGUGCUGUUGAACAAUUAAGAACUCAUACUAGACAUUUGAAUGCACUUCAUCCAGCAAAAAGACAUAAUAACCAACAAAUGGUGCAACUCUAUGAAAAAGGAUAUGGUCAGUUUUACUCAUAUUUAGUUGAAAAUAAUUUUUGUAUUUCAAGUAAAAUAAAACCAAUUAUUUAUAUAUUUAUUUAUUGGGCAAGGAUUUUUUUAACAUAAAUGUGUAUAAUGUAAUUAAUAAAUUAACAAUAGUAAACUUAAAAUACAUGUGGUUAGUUAACAAAGACAACUAUGAAAGAAAUAUGGUAACAAUAUAAAUAUAACAAAUUCGUACUUAUUGUAAUAUUAAACCUUAAUUAAGAUCUAUAAUGUUCUAUUAACUAACUUAUUCAUAUGACAGUAAAAUAAUUAAUAUGAAUUAUUAUUAACAACAAAACAUCUAAUGUUGUGUACAGGAAAAGAUGCAGCUGGAAUUUCUAUGGAAGCAAUACAGUUUGCCAAGGAAGCUAAUUAUGAUGUAGUUCUUGUUGAUACAGCUGGAAGAAUGCAAGAUAACGAACCCUUAAUGCGAGCUUUAACAAAAGUAAUUAUUUAUUUACAUGAACAUGUUUUAAUUGGUGUCAUAUUAAGACUUUCUUUUUUUUUAAAGUAAAGAGUCACAUAGAACUUAUUGAAGCACUAUUUACCAUUUAAAAAAAUAACACCCCUGUAAAUGUAUUAUAUAUAUUUAUUAUGUUUAAUUUGAAAUACUUAAUGUAUGAUAUUUUUUAGUUGAUAAAAGUAAAUGAACCAGAUAUGGUAUUGUUUGUUGGUGAAGCAUUAGUCGGAAAUGAAGCUGUUGAUCAACUAGUAAAAUUUAAUCAAGCGUUAGCUGAUUAUUCAUCUUCAGUUACCCCGCAUUUGAUUGAUGGAAUUGUACUCACAAAAUUUGACACCAUUGACGACAAGGUAAAUUAUUAAAUGUUUGUUUUUAAACAAAUAAAUAUUUGUAAUAUACACUGCAUUUUGUACUACAAGGUUGGAGCUGCUAUUUCAAUGACAUACAUCACAGGUCAGCCAAUAGUAUUUGUGGGAACUGGUCAAACUUAUACAGAUCUCAAAUCAUUGAAUGCUAAAGCAGUGGUUGCUGCUCUUAUGAAAUGAAAUUAUUGAUUGUCAUACAUUACAUUUAAACAGUAUCAUUAAUAACUUGAAUGACCUAUAUAUUAAACUCUACAUGUACUUUUCUUUAUAAUUUGUUGGUUUUUAUUAGUUCUCUAUUGAAUAAAUAUUUAAACCAUUUAUGUUUUAUUAUAUGGUGUUAUGUUCGUUCUACUUAAUAUUUAUGUAUUAUUUGUUAUUUUUCAUUCCAUAAAGUAUUUUUGGUAAUAUAAUAAAACAUGUGGGUAUCAAUUGAAUAUGUUUAUUAUGUUAUUUUUUUUAGAUAUUCUAAUUUCCUUUUUGGUUUUUUGUUUUUACUAUAAUUAUUGUUAAGUUUUGAUUAACUUUGUGUUUUUCAUAAACACUGGCCAAACAUAUUUAAUAAAAUAAUUUAUUUAACACUAAAAUUGUAUUAUUAGUACUAUUUUAUUUUUUAUUUUCUUACUCCCUUAUGAAAAUAGUAAAAAUAAAAACUGUUUAUAAAAACAUUUUUGUUUAUCACUUAAUCAAUAUUAUUUAAUAUUUCCUGUAUGCAGGCAAGUAGUAUAUUAUAUUUUAGGGUUUACAUUUAUAAAUAUUUCAUUAUUUUUUUUCAUAUGGCACAAUAUAAACUUUUGAAAAAAAAAUUGUGAAAUUUAAUUUGGCUCAAUAACUACAACACCA